AUGGAUUUCAGAAUAGCAAAGUUCCUGAUGCUGUGGAUAUGUAUCAACAUAGAGUUGGCUGCAAGUAUGCCGUCUGAAGUCAAUACACGGACUAAAAGAUCACCAGCAAACAAUUUUUCGGUAUUUGGAUUGAAUUUAGGAUCUGCUUUUUCAGCAACAAAACAAGCAGCUAGCGAUACUUACACAAGUAUUGGAAAUAUAUUUACCGGUAAUAACAACAAACGUAAGCAAAUGAUAGAACCUCCUGGCAUCUUAGAUCCAAAUCCCUUCAUUAACAUGCUACCUGCAGGAAGACCAAACAAAAAUAUUGUACCGUCAUCUACCCAAAACAGUAUUCCAGAAACUAACAAAAAUAUUUUGCCACAUGAAAGUAAAACUGAAGGUAAUAAAAAACCUACCAUCACAACUGAGAACUCACCUCUGCCAAACGAUGAACCAAAUACAACAACAGAAUCAGCUAUAGAUAUUGAAAAUGAAGUAUCAGAGAAAAGUACUGAAAUUAAAGAUAUUGAAAAGGAAAUUGAUAAAGAACUGUUGGAUUAUAUAUUUAGAAGUGGACCCACUAAUUACAAUAGCGGUACGGAUAGUAAUCUCGACAAUUCUAUUGAGUACACGACAUCUACCGGCGAUUUUGAAACUACUACCUGUUCAUUAGAAAACCGGAUUCAACCAGCGGUUGUGGCUUCCUUCUAGGAUAA